AUGUUCAUUGAUGCAUGGACUCUUAAUAAGACUUGGUCAGAGGAAAAGUUGAAAAAUGAAAUAUUGAUCUUAUUUAAAGAACAUUUGAAGACAGUCAACGAUUUUGAAUUUGUUAAGGCAGUGGGAAACACUAUCACAAAAGUCAAACUGCCUGAAGGGAACGAGGUUAAUGGCAAAACUAUAAAACAUAUUGCUGGCAAUGGCCCAAUAUAUAUCAGAGCAUGCGCAAAUAUUGACGACUUUAAUCAAAAUGAAAUUGAAGAUGAUCUAUCUGAAGGUGAAGAUUUUGCUGUUGGAGAAACAAAAACUGGUGAAGAUAUUCGACAAUAUGCUUUUAUUUCUGACCAGCCGUCGACAAGUUCAAUCGUUUCAAUGACAAUUGAUGAUGAAGACAAAGGAUGCUCUUCCAGUACGUGCCAACUAUUUGAUUUCGAGAUAGAAAGGUUGAAAGAAAUGUUCCCAAUGUCUUCUGAUGAAGUACUGAACGCAGCGAUUGAAAAAAGUGCAAAUUUAGGAGAGGCAGUAGAUUAUGUCGUCCAACAGACCGGGGUUUCUGAGAUUGCAGGGGAUGAUAACAAAGAGAGCGAAUUAUCCCCUGAAAGUUCACUGAAUGAAUUGAUAAGAGGUGUCAUUCCGAAGUCUACAGGUCCGCCAAGGCGUUUUGUCGUCAACAGGAAUACAAUAUUACCAGACAGCAUCGCUGUUUUAAGCAGAGAAAUUUUGAUAUCAGUGUCCCUGUUAUGGUAA